AUGGUGAGUCUGCGUACUUUUCUAACGUUUGCUUUUUCAGUCUAAGAUAAAGCCAAAGAAGACCAGGAAGUUGAGGGGCCAUGUCAGCCACGGUAUGGGCCGUGUUGGAAAGCACAGGAAGCAUCCUGGCGGUCGCGGCAAUGCCGGUGGCGAGCAUCACCAUCGCAUUAACUUCGACAAAUACCACCCGGGCUACUUUGGCAAGAUCGGUAUGCGGCACUUCCACAUGAAGCCAAAUACCAAAUAUUGCCCAACCGUCAACCUGGAUAAGUUGUGGUCCCUCGUGUCUCCUGCCACAUACGAGAAGUACAAAAAUGGGACCGAUGGCAAGGCUCCAGUCAUUGAUUGCGUCCGAAAGGUAGCCUGGUUGCCUCUUACUAAUUUCCAUUUAGGGCUAUUUUAAGGUUCUUGGAAAGGGCGUCUUGCCGAAGGUUCCUGUCAUCGUCAAGGCCAGGUACUUCUCCCGCCGCGCUGAAGAGCGGAUCAAGGCCGUUGGCGGUGCUUGUGUAUUGACCGCAUAA